UUAAUUCUUCCUAGGCAACAAGUGCUUUGGAUGCAGAAAGUGAACAUUAUGUGAAGGAGGCCAUUGACCGUGCCAUGAAGAACAGAACAGUUCUUGUUAUAGCACACAGACUGUCUACUGUCCGUAAUGCUGACCAGGUUUUGGUGAUUGACAAGGGUCACAUUGUUGAGCGUGGAAGUCAUGAGGACUUACUAGCCAAUAACGGUGUCUAUAAGAAGCUUGUGUUGCGGCAGCUUAGUACUUCUCAGGGUACUGCUGAAACAGACGAUGGCUUUAAUGCAGACUUGUUGGAGCCAGGUGAACCUCCCAUUGAGGAGGUGGAUGAAUCAUAGAGGAUAUAAUAUGUUAAACAUUAACCUUGAAGCUGUCUUUCAUCUCUACAUUUCAGAAAGCUCUAUGUAUGUUUAACAAGUGAAAAUGAUAGAGCGCUUAUUACUGUGUUAAUUGAACUGACGUCUUAAUGAUAAAUGUAAUAUUAAAAUUAAAGGUUGUACACUUCAUAAUGUUCAAGUGUUACAUGUUACAUUUCUGGUCAGAAACAGUUUUACACAGCACAAAUGCUGUCUCUUUUUUUUAGCUGAGAUUCCCUUUUCUACUAUUGCAAAUUUCUAUUCACUCCGUAUGGGAACAUGGCCAUGGCCAAAAUUCUCUUUUGGUUAAUAUUAAAAGAGUUCUAACUAUGUCUUUCUGUGGUGCAUGCUCAGGAUUGUCACUGGUGACAGAAAAUGUUGAUCAGUCUUGAGUAAAAAACAGGAAGCAGAGAUAUCUUAAGAUAAAGAAAAGUAUAUACUGAAAAAAAGACCUCUGUAGGAGGCCAUACCUCUUGGUUAACUGUUUGACCAAUAAUUUUUUAAUUUAGUUUGCCAUGCAAGAUGGUUGAGAAUUGGUGUAGCAUGUUCUUCAGUACAUAAUUUGAGAGGUUUGAGUUAAAACCAGAUCUUAGCAUGUUCAGAAGCUGUUUAGUAAUUAAACUCUGCAUCAGUAUAUUAGUUACUAUGUAAAUAGGUCUACAUAUUGAGCAAGGGUCCUACACUGCACCUCAGACUGACCAGUCAAUGAAAUAACAAUAAUUGAUAACAAUCAAUACCAAUUAAUGUAAGAUUGAUGUUAGAAAUCUAUGAUCAAUCAGUGAAGGACAAUGUAGAUUUUUUUCGAGACAUCUUUUAGUACUAAGAGGAUUAGAAAACGUUUGGAACAAGGGACCAAUACAUUUUUUUUAAUAGUUAUACAGGGCUUUCUUUGUCUGUAAUUAGCACCGUAUUGGGAGAACGAGAACCAGUUCUGAUUUUUCUGUGUAAUCCAGGUGUUAGCUUUCAUUGUACAGUUGCAUAGCAACGUUGAGACAAACUAUUGGCUUAGUCAUGGAUCAGAGGUUGUUGUUCUAGUAGUAAAAUCAGAAGUUGUGCUUGUGUUAUCAAGUUAAUUUUAAUAGAUUUAGGCAUGAUUAGGUAUUUUAUUGAUUAAAUGCUCCUAGCAUUUAUUUUAAACUUUCUCCAGUGGGCCUGGCAUUUAUUUUAAUUCAACAGUUAUUUGAGCCUGGUGUUUAAUAUGCAAGGGUUUAAGGUAAUAGACCAUUUUACAGUUGUCUGCUCAGUGACCUGGCCUUUGUAUGGCAGCG